ACGACAGGAUGACAAGAGUGCGUGAUGGCAGGGAUGUCGAAAAAAAAAAGGAAAGAAGAGGAAAGAAGAGGAAAGAAGAGGAAAGAAGAGGAAAGAAGAGGAAAGAAGAGGAAAGACGAGGAAAGACGAGGAAAGAAGAGGAAAGAAGAGGAAAGAAGAGGAAAGAAGAGGAAAGAAGAGGAAAGAAGAGGAAAGAAGAGGAAAGAAGAGGAAAGAAGAGGAAAGAAGAGGAAAGAAGGAAAGAAGAGGAAAGAAGAGGAAAGAAGAGGAAAGAAGAGGAAAGAAGAGGAAAGAAGAGGAAAGAAGAGGAAAGAAGAGGAAAGAAGAGGAAAGAAGAGGAAAGAAGAGGAAAGAAAGAGGAAGAAGAAAGAAGAGAGGAAAAAGAGAGAAGAGGAAGAAAGGAAAGGAGGAGAAGAAGAGGAAAGAAGAGAGAAGAAGAGGAAAGAAGAGAGAAAGAAGAAGGAAAGAAGAGGAAAGAGAAGAGAAAGAAAAGAAAGAAGAAAGAAGAGAAAGGAAGGGAGAGAGAAGAAGGAGAAGGAGAAGAGGAAAGAAGAAGAGAAAAGAAGAAGGAAAGAGAGAGGAAAGAAGAGGAAGAGAAGAGGAAAGAAGAGGAAAGAAGAAAGGAAAGAAGAAGGAAAGAAGAGAAAGAGGAAGAGAGAAGGAAAGAAGAGAAAGAGAAAAGAAGAAAAGGAGGAAAGAAGAGGAAAGAAGAGAGAAAGAAGAGGAAAGAAGGAGAGAGAAAGAAGAGGAAAGAGGAAAGAGAAAAGAAGGAAAGAAGAGGAGAAGAGGAAAGAGGGAAGAGGAGAGGAAAGAGAGAGGAAAGAAGAGGAAAGAAGAGGAAAGAGGAGGAAAGAGGAGAAAGAGGAGGAAAGAGGAGGAAAGAAGAGGAAAGAAGAGGAAAGAAGAGGAAAGAAGAGGAAAGAAGAGGAAAGAAGAGGAAAGAAGAGGAAAGAAGAGGAAAGAAGAGGAAAGAAGAGGGAAAGAAGAGGAAAGAAGAGGGAAAGAAGAGGAAAGAAGAGGAAAGAAAGGAAAGGAGAGGAAAGAAGAGGAAAGAAGAGGAAAGAAGAGGAAAGAGAAGAGGAAAGAAGAGGAAAGAAGAGGAGAAGAGGAGGAAAGAAGAGGAAAGAGGAGGAAAGAGGAGGAAAGAAGAGGAAAGAAGAGGAAAGAAGAGGAAAGAAAGAGGAAAGAAGAGGAAAGAAGAGGAAAGAAGAGGAAAGAAGAGGAAAGAAGAGGAAAGAAGAGGAAAGAAGAGGGAACAAAGAGGAGACAAAUAACGGGAAAGAACGCCAACAAUG